AACAAACGUGUUACAUGUCAAAGUGUCUCAUAAACCAUGGCGUCUCACUCUUCUCUUCUUCUCAUCCUAACCGUUGCUCUCUUCGUCUCUAUCAUCUCACCGGCGACUUCACAAACAUGCUCAACACAGAACGUGCUCUCCGCCGAGAAAACUCCGUUCCAGACAUGCCUAGACCUCCCCGAACUCGAAUCAUACCUCCACUACACUUACAACGCCACCAACUCUUCUCUCUCCGUCGCCUUCGUCGCCGCACCAUCUCGCUCCGACGGGUGGAUCGCUUGGGCUAUCAACCCGACGGCGACCACGAUGAGCGGCUCUCAGGCGUUCCUCGCCUACGGAUCCGGAGCCGGCGCGCCUCCCGUCGUGAAGACGUACAACAUCACUGGCCACAAUCUCACCGAGGGGAGACUUGCCUUCGACUUUUGGAACCUACGCGCCGAAUCUUUAAACGGCGGUAGGAUCGCGAUUUUCACGACGGUGAAGGUUCCGGCGGGAGCUGGGAGCGUGAAUCAGGUGUGGCAGAUCGGUGGGAAUGUGAAAAACGGUCGUGUUGGAGUGCAUCCUUUCAGUCCGCCGAAUUUGAACUCUAGAGCCGUGCUGAAUUUAACCGGUACGACGAGUACUGGUGGUGGUGGCUCAAAAACUCCGGGGAACGCGGGGUGGAUGAUGACAAACGUACAUUUAGGGGUGAAUUUGGGAUUUUUGGUUUUGUUGGGGACUAUAAUUAUUUUCUGAAAAUCUUUUUUCUAGUAAUAAUGCAAGCCACCAUAUAAUGUACUGUUUACCUUUUUAGACUUAGAGGCAUUUACUUUUUUUUCACC